GUUGUGAAAUGUUUGGAGUCGACUCCGAUUGCGAGUCCAGGUUUUAGGAGUUGAUUCAACGCAAUUAUUUUCUCAAUUCCAAAAACUACGAGGACAGGAUACGACAGUAUGGGGUGUCAUAAAAACUAAAACGUGUAAUACUAAUUACAGUCAUAACACAAGUCAAGUUUUAAACACAAUUACUCUUUAAUUUCUUUCGAAGCUUUGGAGUCGACUCUGAACUCCUAGUGCUUUGGUUCGAAGAAUCGACUCUUCCUAGGAUCCCUACUUCUUCCAGACUUUGGCUAACGACCUCGGAGGAAGCACCGCUAUGGAUUCGUCAUCUCUACCAGAGCAGGAAACAGGAAACUGCACGAGUGAAACAGGAAGCGUGCCAGCCGUGACGGAGGAAGUUCGCCUGCGCCGCUUCCUCUGCUACGGCUCAGAGAGCGCCACCUACAGAGCACGCGAGCAGAGGAACCUGUGCCUUGAGCGGGCCUCGUCCGUAACUGAGCUGCUCGCGGCCGGCCGAGGCGGCGAGGCGGUGCAGGAGGUGCGGAGCAUGAGUCUGAGGGGCGGAGUCAGAAGCCCAGGCCCCGCCCUGUUCGCCCUGGCCGUGAUCUCGCAGCACUCGGAUGUGGAGGCCAAGCGGGCGGCGUAUGGCGUGCUCAAAGAGGUGUGCACUUCCCCGAGUGAGCUUUUCAGCUUUGUUCAGUAUAAGAAGGAGCUGAGCGGCGCGGGGCAGCGCGGCAUGUGGGGUCGAGCGCUGAGGAAAGCCGUGGCAGACUGGUACAACGGACGCGACGCUCUCAGACUGGCACACGACGUCACCAAGUGUAAAAGGAAAGGAGGCUGGUCUCAUCAGGACCUGUUCCGACUGGCGCAUCUGAAGCCUGCCAAUGAUGCCGUUGCUCUGGUGAGUAAAUACGUGACUAAAGGCUGGAAGGCGGUGCAGGAGACGUACGCAGACAGAGAGAAGACGGAGGAUGUGAUGAAGGUGUUUGUGUAUCUGGAGGCCGUGGAGAAGACCAAACACUCGAGUGAUGAGCUGGAGGUGGCGCAUCUGGUGGAGGAACACAAACUGGAGAGAGAACACGUCCUCACUAAACACCUGAAGUCCCGAGAGGUGUGGAAAGCUCUGCUGAAGGAGAUGUCCGUCUCCACACUGCUCACACAUCUGGGGAAAAUGACCGCGGAUAAACUCCUGGGCCCGGGAAGUCCAGACACGGCGGCCGUGUGUGAGAGGAUUCAGGAUGAACACGCUCUACAGAAGGCCAAAACUCAUCCGCUUAGUGUCCUGCUGGCGGCUGAGAACUACAAGCGAGGUCACGGCAAGAGAGGGAAGUUAAAAUGGAAGCCGAACAGAGACGUCAUUCAAGCGCUAGACUCCGCCUUCUGCAAAUGUCUCUCAAACGUCGAGUCUACGGGGAAGCGCUUCGUAGUUGGAGUGGACGUGAGCUCUCGACUCGGCAGCGUUGCUCUCGGCAGCCUCGUCAGUACAGUGACCGUAGCUGCAGCCAUGAGCAUGGUGAUCACACGGAGUGAACCGAAUUCUGAUGUCUUGCUGUUUUCAGAAGGAGCUGUUGUUCCCUGCUCCAUCUCAGCCGAUUCAUCUCUCCUCCAAAUAACCAUGCAGUUAGUGCAGGUGUGCAGUAGCUAUACAGACUGCACUCUGCCUAUAACCUGGGCCUCGGAAAAUGACAAAAUGGCGGACGUGUUUGUUAUUUUCACCAAUAAUGAAACCUGGCCUGGGAGGUCAAAUCCAGCGGAAACACUCAGGACAUACAGACAGAAAACUGGCAUACUUUCGAAGCUGAUUGUAUGCGGCAUGACGACAAACAGCCUUAACGUGGUCGAUCCGGACGAUCAGGGCAUGCUGGACAUCUGCGGGUUCGACUCGCACACCGUCAGCGUCAUCCGCGACUUCAUCAUGGACGUCAUAUGAGAGAGGUGCACCAUGGGAAACGCACGACGCUAAAAGCAAAGCUACACCGAAAAAAAAAAGAAAGCAAGAAAUGAAAUGUUCAUGUGUUUCUGUUUUUUCUGUAACGUCCAGCAGGCUGGAUGGAGAUUUUACUCGGAAACACAGAGAACACACAGCUAACUUCAUUAUGCCGCUUUAAAGCUAUAACACUACAUUCGAUUUUAUAAAAAAAUAUAUAUAUUUUUGCUAUUGGAAAGUUCCUGGAUGUAGUCAUGUGACGAUAGCAUUUUUUGGCAGCAUGCUAAAGUUGUUAAAAAAAAAUCUACUUUUUAGCUAAACUAGGAAGCUAACGACUGAUUGUGCGUAAAUAAAUUAAAAGUCGUUAAGAUGAUCAUGUAUUCUGAACGAGACGCUGUUGAGGUUCAUUUAAAGUUAAAAUUGAAUGAUGCAGCCGGAUUUAAAAAAUAUAAUAAUAAUAAUAAUAAUAAUAAUAACAAUAGUAACAAUAAUAAUAAUAAUAUCAUUACUUGUGAUAGUUUACACAAGUAUUGAAUUUUAUAUCUGUAAUUUUUUUAGUCCUUUAUAUAAGGCUAACUAGCAUGUUUUUUUUUCCCCAACCAUAUGAAGAAAAACUUCUCUGAAUUUAAUAAUCUAAUAACGGAAAUUUACGCAAAAAAAUAUUAACGUGUACAUUUGCCUGCUAAAACAAGAAAAAAAAAAUUCUGACAGUAGUUAGCAUUAAAUGUUGUUUGAAUUGAAUGCCCUGAAAUGUCCACUUUAUAUUUAAAAAAAAUUCUUUCGAUGAUUAGUUUUUGCUGAUAGUUAUUAGAUUUUUUUAUUAUUAUUAUUUUAACGUUACUGAAUUUAUUUAAGACACGUGUUUUUGAGUUUACGAUAUCAGUGCACUUUUUCAUCUAUUUCAUGUGAUAGGCAUUUCUUGGUCGGAAUGGGCGGAGCUUACAUUGUGUUCAACCAGCCAAUUGCAAACUUGCAAUCAUAUGACAUCACUAGCUUUUAUUUUUAGUUUCUUCAGAUGGAAGUAGCACUUUACUGGAAAAUGUUGUUUUACUUACGCGAUUUAAAUCUCAUAAUUAUCAACUGAAGCAACUGUGCUAACAUUAGCCAGCUUUGUGUUUAGUUAUCGAACAUUAUCGUCGACUUUCUUGAUAUAAAGAUGUUACAUAGCUAGCUGUCAAAUUCUCGACAAAGCUAACUAAGUAGCUAUUUUUUAAAAUUUUGUGUCUCAGAUUCAUGGUAAAUUCCUGACAUUCCUGAGCUAAAUUUAUGCUAUGAUGAUCAGGCAUGAUCAGGUUUGUGAUUGCAAGUUUAACUUAAGCUCCGCCCCUUUUGACUGCGGGAAUGUCAAAUGUCAGUGUGGGAACAUUUACGUGUAUUUACAUUGAUUACUAUUUAGCGUUUUUAUUUAGACCAAAGUUUGACAUCAUUAACUAAUAAUGAGUGAGAUCUAAUAUAGCUGCUAAUUAGCUGUUAUGCUAGCAACCGUGUGCUGAUCAAUGGCUGGAAGUUUUCUUUCUUUCUCUGAGUUCCGAUACGGUUUUUAACCCGCUCUCAGAAUCUUAUGCUACCUAGCUAACUAGAUAACUAGCUAAAGUGCUAAUUAGCCGAGUUGUUAAGUAGCUAGUGUAAACAGAAUUAUCACCAAUUUUGAAAUUGAAAUGCUCCAGUUUACACUUCUUUUAAAGUGAUGUCGACGCACUCUGUCGAGGGGAAGUUGACGAGGGUGCGUGAGUGAAGAGUAUUGGAACACAGCCGUUGUUAGCUACAGUAGCACUUUAGUUUCAAGACCUUUAAUCUGAAUCGUGAGGUUUCUGAUUGUUCAAGAUAAUUAACACUAGAACAACGAUUUCUCCGCUGAAAAGAGAAGAUGGGCGUUCUGACGGACGUGUGGAGUUCAUUGGUUUCAUCAGAAAUAAAACGUACGCACUGUGAUUGCUGUAACUGUGGAGCUUUGUGCUUUGUACCUCUCCUUUAAGUCCACACUGCGUUGGCAGUGAAUCACUGUAGCCCACACCGCAACGCCUGGAACUCCUACCACUUAAUAAAUAAAAAAAAAGCCUUUUUUUAAAAAAAUAUAUAGCCUCAGUGUUGUUUUUUUCCCACUGUGUCAUGUGACCACUUCCACAGAAGCAAGACUUAAACAUGGGGUGCCAAUACUUUUAGUCUGUAGAGAAAAUACAGCAGAAUGUUGGAGUGGAAACGAAACUAAAACACAGCCAGGCAUGCGUUUUGAGGCUGAAUCUUAAACAGCAUUCUGCACUAUGCAUGUAGGGCACUAGGUAGGGUGCACAUUAUGUUAUAUCUUAUGUAGGGUGCAAAGAAAGGAACUCUAGUAGUUAUUGAACAGGUUCCAGAAAUGGUGGCGAUGGAUUUUCAGCUCCCUACUUUCCCGCUAUGUGCACUACAUAGGGUGUAAAAUAAAAAUGGAGUGAUUUGGGAUUUAGUCCUGUAGUCUCCCUGUAUGUGCGCAAAGUAGGGUAUAGGGUGUAGAAUAAAAAUGGUGUGAUUUGGGAUUUAGCCCUGUACUCUCCUUGUAUGUACACUACGUAGGGUAUAUGGUGUAGAGUAAAAAUGGAGUGAUUUGGGAUUUAACCCUGUACUCACCCUGUAAGUGCACUACACAGGUUGUGAAAUAAGUGCUUCUGCGCACCUUAUGAAGUACACUAUAUAUCUAGUAGAGAGUCAUUUGUAGUGGAACUAGUGAAAAUCUGCUGGAUGUUCCCUAAGUAAGGAAACUAUGUAGGGCCCCUACAUUAGGUAUAAAAUAACAGCUUACUACACUAUAUUUUCAAAAAGGAGUCAUUUGGGAUUCAGCGCCAUGUUCCCUAUGCACGGGGACUAUAUAGGCUGUAAAAUAAGGGUUUUUGCACCUUAAGAAGUGCACUAUAUGUCUUGUGGAAAGUAAUUUGGGAUACAGCUCCCUACUCCCUACAUAAGUGCACUACAUAGGGUCUGAAAUAAAAAUAAAAAAUUCUGGCGAGCAUUUUUGGAUGUAUUGAGUAAAUAUUCGUGCCAGUUUGCUACAGUGCUCUUCAUAGGGUGUAGAAGCCCUUGUUUCGU